AUGGCGGCCCGGACCAAGAUUUAUGUUAUUGACUUUGUAUGCGGGUACAAGCGUGUUGAAGACACCAACUAUUUCCGAAUCAAAUGGGAAGGGUGGCCGAUGACCGCAGCAACCUGGGAGCCGCUUAAGCACAUUCUGGAUCCCUCGGCGGACAUAUUGCAGCAGAUGGCGAACUCGAAGCGAGCGUGGGAAGACAUGAUGGAGCGAGGACUCCAUACUGAUGAAGUUCUGUUGGAUCUCCCUGCGCGGCGAGGCCGGGAUUCGUUGUCCGGUUCGGAGGGUCCGGGUUCGGAACAGCUGGGUGCUGAGCGCCCCGUUUCUGACCACGAGCCGGAGUUGCACGCAUCUCGCGUCCCGGCAUGGCGACACGACCGGACCUGGGAAGGUCGAAGAGCUGCCUACGACUGCUCAAGCGUGGACGACGGAGUUGAGAUUCGGAUCCCCGUCACUAGAGACCUCUAUGACCAAGACUACCGCCAAGAAAUGCUUGACGGUAGUCGGGCGACGCCGACCGCUGUCGCUCAAGACCGUCUCAGACGACCCGAAGCAAGCCUGCGUGCGAGCGGCUACUCUGCCCUGCCAGUGUUCGAAAAGGCGGCGUUCGACGCGACCCCGGCGAACAAAAAGAGGAGGCUGUUGUACCUCUCUGACGCCGAGCAGUGCGACACUGCCGAAACGGAAAUGGAGACCGAGGCCGGUACGGACGUGGGAAGUCCCGGUGAUGAAGAUUGGUCGCCGCUCUCACACGCUAGUGGGACACCGAGAUGGGCCACCCCUCCCUCUGGCUUGAGUCCCAGACGUUUGGCCCAAACGGGACAAAACCUGCCCGCUCGACGUUCUGCAGUGCAAGGCCGAGGUCAAGUGCCACCAUCCCUGAGGGUGGCCGGCCAGGAGCGGCCGUGGCACGACGAUAUCUCUUGGCACUCCCGGUCAGACGUCGGACCCCGAUAUGCAGGCGCAGGUUCAUUACGCCCUGCAUCGACCCACAUGAGCGACUCGAUAGAGGCAAUGACGGAGCAAAUUGCGAAGCAGCUGGCGAAAAAUCAACUGCUCAAAUCGCGGCCGGGGACGCGUCUCGGUCACGAAGACGUUGCCCCCAACGCGUUCAAUGCCGCGCUCAUUCAACAACUGCUCCACAUCCGAAAUAGAGAACGCCAGUCGCGACCCUACGUCGACCCGCGGACCACCAUACGACCCCGCAUCUGCUUCUCACCUCCGGAGGCACCGCGGUUCGAAACCCGGGCUGCCCCCGAAGCUGCCCCCAAAGCUGCCCCGAAGCCUGCACCGAAGGCUGCCCCGGAAAGGGCCGCCCCGAAAAAAGCUGCACCGAAAACGGGCGGCAGGCGAGCGGCAAGUAAGAGCAAGGUCGGAACUGCCUCUAGCAGAACACGGCAAGCCACCUCUCUCCCGCCCGCCAUGGACGAGGCGUGGUCCACUGAGUCGAACCUCGACAGUUCGUAUCCCGACAACAAUUCGUACCUCGACGGUUCCUGGCAAAGGACUGACGCAGUCCGCGCCGAGACGAUCCGUCCUGACAAGGUCGUAGUGGACAUAGGAGACGACGAAGUGGUCGCAAACGGCGACAUGGCCGCCGAAGUGAUCGCAGUGGAGAGCGGCGGGACUCCAAGUGAGUCGCUGGAGCGCGUUGUGAUACGUCUAACGAGUAUCCCUGAGACGUCCCCGGGUGGUUUGGAAAAGUGUGUUAACAGACCCCAGGAUCCUGCGCCUCCGUUUCCGCCCGAGGAAGGCACGCCUCGGCCGGCCUCGUCGGGUUCUGGGGAUGCGGACGUAGCCUCGUCGGGUGCUGGGUGCGCUGACACGCUGAGUGAGGGUUUUGACAAGCAAAAGCGCCUCGCGGAAGGGUUCGAGAACACAGCGGACGUGAGCGACAGUAUCUCGGCUGCAACCGCGUGGGAAGAACGAGCCAGAGAGCCACCUCAGCAAGAGCCCCCUCAGCAAGAGAACGAGCACUCUGGGCUGUGCGCGUCACCGGACCAGAGGUCCGCCAAGGUUCGCGACCCGCUGGUGGAAGACAACCGGGGCCUCCACGAGGGCCCGAUUGGGCAGCAGCCGCUUGACCAAGAGCCCCCCACUGUUUCCGCUUGGAGCGAGUUGGUGGGUGACAACACGCUAUCCGAGUCAACACUGGACCCAAUUAGUUCGACUUUAUCCCCGGCCUUGGCAAAGGAGGCUAGUCCAUCUGUAGAGCUUCUCGGAGAGCGACAAGCCCCUUCCUUGGUUCACGACGAACCGCGGCAAGCCGCCUCCGAGACCAGUGCACUGGACUCUGAGGAAGAGCCCCGGAGGCAGUCGUCGUUGUCGCAGUUGGUGCAAAACUUGAUGGGCACACGCAAAGGCACACAGAGACACAGUCCGGAACCGAAAUGUGAAAUUGUGCAACUUAAGCUCUCAGAGCUGGGAGAGGUGAUGGCCAAGUAUCUCUUGGACGGAACCGUUUUCGUGGAGCCAUUGAAAAAAGUCCGUUACAAUUAUCCCCAAGCGGUCAUAGAUUACUAUAACGGAAAUGCGCUAUACAAUCUACCCAGCUGA